AUGUCGCUUCUUCUAUCUCUGUUUCGCGGAGCUCGUUUGUCCACCAGUCAGGCAUGGCGUUCUUCUACUCUAGCCCCCCUUCGUCCAUUUCAUGCCGCUACAACUCUUUUGGAUGCUUCCUCGCCCGAGGAGAAGCAACAAACUAUUGUCCGAAUUCUGACAGAAAAGUUCCAGCCAUCUGAUCUUCAGGUGCAAGAUGUAAGCGGAGGUUGUGGCUCCUUUUUUGCCAUUAUGAUCAAGGCCAAAGCUUUCUCUGGAAAAUCCACCAUCCAGUCCCACCGCUUGGUGAAUAAGGAAAUCAAGGAGGUGAUCCAAGAUAUCCACGGUCUUCAGGUGCGUAUCUUCUUAUCACUUAUGUGUAGCUGA